AUGGGUCCGCAUGGGGACGAUGACGCGUUUGAUCGACGAGGAUCUGAAACAUUUGCAGGGAUGUUAGGCUCGGCAGCUUAUCGCCUGACCGAAGAUAUCGCCGAGCCAAGCUUUAAUAUGCGCCUUAUCGAAGCAGUCAAACAUAGCCGUUGUUUGUACGAUUCAACGGAUAGACAAUACAGGAGCACUGAGUAUAAGAUAAAGGUCUGGAAUCGCCUAGUACAAGUUCUUCAGUUCGAUGGCGAUUCACGGACGUUAUAUGCAAGAUGGAAACAACUUCGAGACAAAUAUGGAAAGGAGAAGCGAAAAGUGAAAUAUCAAGGAGACCAGUCAAAUUGGCAAUACUAUAAGCAUUUAUCGUUUCUUGACCCGCAUAUGAUUGAUCGCGCAGCUAUUGAAUCUCCUGCAAGGAAAGAGCAUCCUGAUGUGCAAGUGACGGUUACGGAUCCAUCUUUCGGUACGAAUUUGAUAGAAGAAGUGCGUGCACAUCCCUGCCUGUUCGACAUACGUGAUCCGAAAUAUAGACAUUCUGAAUGUCGUAACCAAGCCUGGAACAGUGUUAUAGCUCACUUGAAUUAUCCUGGGGAUGUUAAUUCGAUAUACAAACAGUGGAAGAAAAUCAGAGACAGAUAUGUCCGAGAAAAGAGGAGGCUACGUAUGCAAAGGGACAACGGUGUACAUGAUGACAGUACAUGGGAUCUAUAUCCUGCCAUGGCAUGGAUUGACCCUUACCUGGAUGAAAGGGCUCAGUACGUACACAGGGAUGUUAAUUCGAUAUACAAACAGUGGAAGAAAAUCAGAGACAGAUAUGUCCGAGAAAAGAGGAGGCUACGUAUGCAAAGGGACAACGGUGUACAUGAUGACAGUACAUGGGAUCUAUAUCCUGCCAUGGCAUGGAUUGACCCUUACCUGGAUGAAAGGGCUCAGCUAUUGAGACAUGUGAAAAGGAAGCAUGAUGACGAGAUGUCAGACUAUGGCGAGCUGGAUGAUAUGGUCAGGUCGGGGUCCGGUCUAGGAUAUAUGGUCUCGGAUAAAGGAAGAACUGAAGGUGGUGCUGAUGUACUUUUGGAUGGCGAUAGUGCUUUUGCUGCUUCAGCAGUUUCAGACCUACGCACUCUACCAGAGCAUGCGAGAGCUCUUGCUAAGGCACAAAUAGAAGCGAUUUUCGACUCGGGAAGAAUGAACGUGCACGCCGAGUUCUAA